GAAUAAAAAAAACUCAUUGCACAGUACAAAUACCCGUAGCACACUGCCAGCGGUACCAUAGUCCCACCUGUGCUACUACAUACGUACACUAUGCAAGCCUUUAGACAGUUAGCACGCACCUGCGUGAGGGUUAAUCCCCAGACUCUCACCAGCGCCACACGGUCGAUGGUCACACUUAGGGCGGCUCUACCUAAGGUUGCUCCCGUGUACGCUAACAAGUUUGAAGCCUUCCGCAACUACUCGUCCCCCGCCCGUCAGACGCUCAACUCCGAACUGAAUAAAGAAAUCGCAUACGAGGUUGAGAAUGCUGAGGUUAUGGAUGGCUUCCAAGAUGCACUAGCGGCCACCGGGUUCUCAGUCAAGGAUUCCGCAGGUAACUGUAACCUGAGGUUGGAGAAGUUGCACGAUGACGAGAAGAUCACCGUUCUUAUGAAGAUUGAACUUAUGGAUGACGAUGAGCCUGAGGAACCUGAGGAUGGCGCUGAAGAUGAACCCAGACCUAGUCAGGGUGUGUACUACACCGUCGUGGUGACCAAGAACGACAAGCAGGGGGCUCUCUGCUUCGACAUGGUGUCAUAUCAAGGCUCAGCGUCGAUCGAGACCAUCACAUACAACCCCAGUGCUGACAGUGCACUGAGCUUAGGUGUCAAGCCCGAGGGCGAGUUCGCCAACCACCAAACAUACUGCGGCCCUAACUUGCAGGACAUCGAGGAGAGUCUUGAGGGUGCCUUCGGCGAGUAUUUGAUGGAGCGUGGCAUCAACGACAACUUCGCACUCAUCUGCGAACAAGUAUACCGGGAGAAGGAGCAGAAGGAGUACGUCCACUGGCUCAAGCAGAUCAGCGAGUUCACCGCAUAAUGCGUUUAAAGCUGACGCUGAAGUGGAUUAUAGAAGUAAAUAUGUGGUUCUAGAGAGGUUGUGUCUAGUGCUACGAGGCAAGGAUUGUUUCUAAGUAAAUAAACAUUGUUGUUUCGA